CUAUACUAGCAGGGGUGCCCCUGGCUGGGGCAGGCGGGCCGGAGAUUGGCCCUUGGGGUCCUCCGCGGGGUGCUGGCCCGCCUCUCCUUUCCUCCUCGGGUCUUCCCGCUGUCUUGGUUCUGCUGCUCUUCGCUUUCUGACCUGCAGUGCUGGGUCUUUCAGGCCUUGGGCGUUCCUCCGAGCCCAACUCCUCUGGCAUUGCCUAGUGGACCCAGCCUCGAGGUUGCCAAGUGCGCCUAGCCUGGGGUCCUGCGCUUCCUCCUCCUUAACUAAGGGUGAUGAGGGGGUCAGGUGUUCGGGCAGGGCAGCCAGUAUCCAGAGCGCCUAGCCCUAGAACUUCACUUAGCAAAGCCUGGUGGAGUGGCCUUGAAGUGGAGUUAGACUGAACGCAGCAGGUGUUCUGGGCUGAGCUCAGACAUGCUCCCUGAGGCUGGUUCCCCAUGGCUACUACAGCUGCUCCGGAACCUCCAGCUGGGCCAAUUUUAUCAACCUAUCCUUGAAGAACUUAAUGUCACUCGGCCAGAGCAUUUCGACUUUGUAAGGCCUGAGGACCUGGACAGCAUUGGCAUGGGCCGACCUGCCCAGCGCAGACUGGCUGAAGCUCUCAAGAGGCACCGUUCAGGGGUCAAGUCUAAGAACUGGGUCUACAAGAUCCUUGGGGGUUUUGCCCCUGAGCAAAAGGAGACCACCCCACCCUCACUCAACCCUCCAACCCUCCCUGAGCCAGAAGGGGGACUCAAGUGUCUGAUCCCAGAGGGUGCUGUGUGCAGAAGGGAGCUGCUGGGCUCAGGCUGCUUUGGUGUGGUACACCGUGGACUGUGGAUGCUGCCUAGUGGCCAGAAUGUCCCAGUGGCUGUUAAGUCCCUCCGAGUGGGUCCUGAAGGCCCUGUAGGCACGGAGCUGGGAGACUUCCUGAGAGAGGUGUCCAUCAUGAUGAACUUGGAGCACCCACACGUGCUGCGUCUGCAUGGCUUGGUAUUGGGCCAGCCUCUACAGAUGGUGAUGGAGCUGGCGCCACUGGGAUCCCUGCACGCGCGCCUGAAGGCCCCUGCCCCAAUGCCCCCACUACCCAUAACUCUGCUCUGCCUCUUCCUUCGGCAGUUGGCAGGGGCCAUGUCAUAUUUGGGGUCCCGUGGGCUAGUGCACCGGGACCUCGCUACGAGAAACCUGCUGCUGGCGUCUCCACGCACUAUCAAGGUGGCGGACUUUGGGCUAGUGCGGCCCCUGGGCGGUGCCCGGGGCCGCUAUAUCAUGGGUGGUCCCCGCCCCAUCCCUUAUGCCUGGUGUGCCCCAGAGAGCCUGCGCCAGGGAGCCUUCUCCUCAGCCUCCGAUGUGUGGAUGUUUGGAGUGACACUGUGGGAGAUGUUCUCUGGGGGUGAGGAGCCCUGGACUGGGGUCCCGCCAUACCUCAUCCUGCAGCUGCUGGAGAAGGACCGAUCCCGGCUACCGAGGCCUCCUUUCUGCUCCAGGGCCCUCUACUCUGUUGCCUUGCGCUGUUGGGCUCCCCAUCCUGAGGACAGGCCUACCUUUUCCUACCUGGAGGAGCUGCUCCAAGAGGCCUGGCCUUCUGAGGGACGUUGUGUGAGGGAUAUCACAGAGCCAGGAGCUUUGCAGAUGGAGCCUGGUGACUCUGUCACCAUCAUUGAGGGCAGCCCCGACUCCACAACCUGGAAAGGACAGAAUGGCCGCACCUUCAAAGUGGGCAGCUUCCCAGCCUCAGCAGUGACACUUGCAGACUUGGGAGGCUCCUCUGCCACCCAUCCAGUCCAUAGAAGCUCCCCUGCUCGAGGAGAGCGAUGCCGGGCGAACAUAGAUGGGGAAAGAGAGAAGGAAAAGCCUUGGGAUCUACCUCCAGCACAGGGCCAGAGAAGAAAGGUGUCCCUGCAGAGGAUGAAAGGCAUUUCCAAGAGUCUGGAGUCAGUUCUGUCCCUGGGCCCUCGCCUCACAGGGGGUGGUUCAAGCCCCCCUGAACUUCGACGUGCCAGAGCUGUGCCCCCAGGACUCCAAGGCUUGCCUCCAUGCCCACCUUUUACCUCUAGUUCUUCUCAGCCCAGCCAGCCCCCCAGGGAGAGGCCUCCCAGGCCUAAAAGAGAACUUCUACAUAAUCACCGCAUCAACACACCUGGAGCCAGUAAAGCCACUGUCCCCUCUGGGUGCCUCUUCCCUGACCCUGAGUGGCAGAGGAGGAUUAUGGAGGUAGAGCUAAGUGUGCAUGGAGUCACCCACCAGGAGUGCCAGGCAGCAUUAAGAACUACCGGGGGAGACGUGGUCUCUGCCAUCCGGAACCUCAAGGUAGAACAGCUCUUCCAUUUGAGUAGCCGGUCUAGAGCUGACUGCUGGCACAUCCUGGAGCAUUAUCAGUGGGACCUCUCAGCUGCCAGCCGCUAUGUCCUGGCCCGGUCUUGAGCUCGACUUCCUUGGGCACAGACACCAGCAUAGAACACCUGGGCCCCUCAGGGCCUAGCCAUAUGGGAACAAGCAGAAUCAGAAUAAAGCCUUGACAGGGUUAUGGUCAGACUUUCCCACCUAAGGAGAUCCCACUGGCUAUUGGCAGGUAUCGGAAGUACCCAGGGAAGCCCAGGGUUGGACACUGAUGAGAGUCUCCCUCUACCCUGUCCUUUGCCUCUGAGGGCCUAAGAAUCCUUGGCUGGGAUAAGAAGGACAUAAUCUACUCUGUCAUCACAUUAUCACAUAAGAGGAGGACCUGAAGGAAAAGAGCUGCAAUAAAGCACAUCCAGGGGAA